UGGCUCCAGAGAAGGGGCGAACGGCAUGCCCCACGCAAUGCAGCGAGCAGCAGGCAUGGCCCUGCUGCUCCUCGCCCUCUUCCAGGGCGGCGAGGCUCUACUGCGCACCCAGCAGGCGGCCAACGCCAGCCGUCCGCUGCCCAGCGCCUGCAGCUGCGACUGCUGCCUGGCCUCCACUUCCGGCUGCGCUCCCCGAGGCGACUGCCGGCUCUGCGCCCCCGGCGCUCUGCAGGAGUCCUUCGCCGCCCUGGAGAAUGAGGUAGACUACUCCCGCUUCUGCCACGCAGCGUGCCAGCCGCUCAGCUCCGAGCAGGGCGAGCCUUGCAGCGAGCGCAGCCAAGAGGCUUCGCUGGUGGGUUUGGCGGCGUCGCCGGCGGCAGCGCCAGCUUCUGCGCCAGCGUCUGCGCCCAGCGCAGCGCAGCAGGGCCAGGGCGAGGCUGCCGCGGCCUCCCUGGCGGAGGUGGCCCUGCUGCGUGCGCAGCGCCACGCGCGGGAGGCCAAGCAGUCUGCUGCGCUGGCACGCUAUGCGUAUGAGAAGCUCGCGAAGAGUCGGCAGAUGGCGGCGGAGGCGGCGGGCCAGGCCGCGCUAGAGGAUGUCAUCCUCGAUGCCCGGAAGGAUGCCAAGGAGGCUACAGAGAUCCGCGCAGGCUGGGAGGACCAGAUGCGAGCGCAGGCCUCGCAGAAGGCGGUGGUGGCCGCUGCGGUGUACAAGAAGGCGAAGCUGCGCAACCUUGCGGUGGCAGAGGCCUGGGACAAGCAUGCGACAGACCUCACCAAGACCAGCCGCCAGUACGAGGAGUACGCGAUGCGGCAAGAGAUCCAGGAGAAGAAGCUGAAGGCAACCGUGGCGCAGGGCUCCUCCAGCCCAUCGGCGCUUAAGCGGCUCCAUGAUGCGGAGGUGAACGUGAACGAAGGCCUCCGCGCUGUGCGUCGAUAUGAGGAGGACGCACAGGCCGCGAGGAGAGAGGCGGCAGGAAUUCGCGCCAACGCCUCGUGGUACGACGAGGCGGAGGCUGCAGCGGCGGCCCAUGCCCUGUACGCAGCACUUCCUGAAGGCGUAGUGCCUCCACCACUGCCAGCGCUGCCCUAAGCGAAGCGCCAAAGCCGCUUCGCGCCGCUCCAAGGGGAGGCUCCCGAAAACCCGCUCUCGGCGGCG